CCGAUCACUGUCAUACCCUCCACACUCCUCUCCUGCACAUACCGAUCACUGUCAUACCUCCACACUCCUCUCCUGCACAUACCGAUCACUGUCAUACCCUCCACACUCCUCUCCUGCACAUGCUGCCUACUAUCAUACCCUCCACACUCCUCUCCUGCACAUACCGAUCACUGUCAUACCCUCCACACUCCUCUCCUGCACAUACUGCCACUGACAUACCCUCCACACUCCUCUCCUGCACAUGCCGAUACUGUCAUACCCUCCACACCCCUCUCCUGCACAUACCAAUCACUGUCAUACCCUCCACACCCCUCUCCUGCAUAUACUGCAUACUGUCAUACCCUCCACACUCCUCUCCUGCAUAUACUGCCUAAUGUUAUACUCUUCUGCACAUUCUAUCCUCUGUCAUAUCUUCUGGCACUCCUUUCUUGCACACAGGAAAACUUAAAUCCCUUU